UGCAAUCGAAGCCCAGUGUUAGCUACCUCAAGCUCUUUCCUUCCUUCUGUUUGGUAGUAGUAACUGGUUGAGGUAUAGUUGAAUUAUAAUAAAUUCUGAAGUUUUGCUUAAAACACUUUAAUCAUUACAGUUUUUCUAUCAAUACAUUCAGGUGAUUGUAAUUUUGAUGCACAAAAAUAAUUCCGCUUCUCUUCAAUAUUGAAGUAAUUUGUGCUGGUUAAGUAUAUUGAUCACUCUGUAUCAAACUGUAAGUGUAACUAUGGCGCUCUUAAAGAUAUUACAGACUAAAAUGUAUUUCAGCGUAGGAUUACUGUUUCUGUGUUUGGUCUCAGUGACUUUGCCGUCAGGAGGGAAAGCUGAAGAAAUACUCCAUGAUAAACCCUUUGUAAACAUUCCUUGCGAAUUUGGUCUACUUUCUGGAUGGAAAGACCCCAACGGGGACAUCUAUGGAAUAUCGAAUAACGUUCUCUGGUGGUAUAAUUCAACAACAGGUAUGUGGACUCACCAAAGGGUGCCAGAAGAAUUGAAUACUUCUAUGCCUUGGGAUAUUCAUUGUAGAUACAGGAGUAACUAUUUGAUCGUUUCAGAUGAAAAUAAUACUUUUAUUGUUAACAUUGGUGCUGAACAGUGGCAACCAGUCACUUUUGAUGAUGGAUUUGUCUCCUUGCAUCAUGCCGUAACUUGGUGUACGGAUCAGGAGUUCAUUGUUCUUGACCUGUGGUCAGAAUUUAUUUAUCGUUUGGAUGUUCAAGAAACCAAAUGGAUUAAGAUGGCUGCCGUACCCCAAGAGCUGAAGAACGUAUCCCAUCCAGAAGAGUAUUGCUCUCAUGGGUUCACAUGGGCAUCGUCUAGCAAUACCUUCUAUGCGUGGUUAGCUGAUAUUCCUUAUGGUCGAGAAAGUCUAUGGAGAUUGAAUACUAGUAGUUUCUUCUUAUCUCUCGAAAUAGAGCGGGAAUACAAUUUAGAAACAACUCCGCCGUUAUCGUCUAGACCCAUUACCUGGACAGACAGCGAAAGUACACUAUGGGUUUGGGUCCGAGAGUUGACAGGAGAGGAGGUUUGGAAGACAAAUCAGGUAAACCUACUGUGGAAGCAAGUAUUUGUAAAAGAACUUUCAGGAAAUGAAGAGCUAAUUUUGAAAAAGCCAUAUGCAGCAUGGCCAGAAGAUGGUAAGAUUUGCAUGAUCGUUUCUAAAGAAAAAUGCAAAGAUGGUUUUAUUCCAAGUGAAACUUUCUGUCGUCUUCUAGUAGAAACAAAUAACACAUAUGAAAACAAAGACGUCAGAAUGAAAUAUUCUAAAGCUACAGAAUUUCCGGAUAUAAAUUCUGCAACACAAGUUUUAGAACCAAUUAAAAUUUCUAGCCACCUGAUGGUGACUAAUUCUGAUGUCUCUGUUAAGGAACUGAAGAGUGUUGAACACGAUCCAUCAUGGCAUCCAAAGUUUGAUCUGAACCCUUCCAGGAACCCAAACAUCUCAGUUUUAACCGACAGAAAAGAACCAACAGUUAAGCCUCUGGUGUCUAGGGUUUCAGAAGGUAGCUGGCAUCAAGAACACUCAAGUGUCUUUGGAGCUGUCGUAUUUUUUGGAACGUCGAUUACAAUCUUUGUAGUUGUGGGAAUGAUCUGGUGCAUUCGUCGUUGUGUUCACUUUCCAAAAGAAGCUUUGUUACUUCAAGAUUCGUUGUCGAAUGUGAAAUCAGUCUCUAUCAACGCUUGCAUGGAAUAUCACAACUGUCAAGAUUAAGAUUGCUGCAACAUUGUAAACGGCAGUGACAAGAAACACAAGGAGCUUCAACUAAUUAUCAACGUUGGUGGCUUCAGAGAUAACGUUUCUAUGAACAAAAACCUAAACUACCAUUAUAUAUAUAUAUAUAUAUAUUUCUAAAGGUUAGAAGUAUCUACAAUGUAUUGAUUUGUUGGCACUUUCAAAUCCUAUAACUAUUUAAUAUCUCAUUACAUAUAUAUAAAUAAUUGGUGUUUCUAAUAAUGUUUUGGAGGACAGAUAACCUAUAUAUACUUGUUUCACGACAGGAACUUGGUAACUAAAAGCUAGAUCAAUUGACGAUUAUAACAUAUUUGGAUAAAAUAUAAGUAUCUUGUAAAAUGUUCAAUUUAUGCUUGAGUGUUAUAAGGCAUUUUCGAAUUUAAGAUUUUUUAAAAGUUUAAAAAAAUCGUACAAUAGCUUGUUUUGCUGACAUUAAAAUAUCAUUGUUUAUCUGCAUUCGUAUUUUAUUCAGUCUGAUUCAAAUGCUAUAUAUGUAUUGUAAUCUUAUUAUAUAUAUUAAUAAUUUGGCUUUUACAUUGGUGUUAGUAAUAAUAUUUCAGAGGGCGAAUAACCUAUUUAUAAUUCUUUCACGAAAAGAACAUGCUAAAUAAAAGAUUAAACAAUC